GAGUUGCCCUUGCCUUCCUCACCGCCCGACCGUACCUGAAGCACCCAAUGGCUCCCAAGACGACGACGAUCCUACUCGCCCUGGCCGCGACGGUCACCUGCGAGGCCUUCCAGCCCGUCCAGCUCCGUCCCGGCGCGAGCUACUCGAAGCACGGCCACCCCAUGGGCGUUGCGCUGCGGUCCACGGGCGGCGACACGUCCGGCCCGCGGCCGGGCACAGCGGGCGUCUACGACACGGCCGUCGCGCUCGGCGCGGCGAAAUGCGCGACGCCGCUCAAAACGAUGACGACGCUCGCGUUCCUCAGCGGCGCGCACAUCGCCCUCGGCGCCAUGCUCGCCGUGUCCACGGGCGGCUCCGUUCCGGCCCUCAAGGCCCAGAACCCCGGCGCCGCGCGCGCGCUCAUGGGCUCGUUCGGGUUGCCCAUGGGCCUCCUCAUGGUCCUCGGCGGCGGCGGCGAGCUCGUCACGGGCAACAUGGCCGUGUGCUCCGCGGCCUGGCAGGCGAAGAAGGCCUCCUUCAAGCAGCUCAUCACGAACCUCGGCGUCGUCUACGCGGGCAACCUCGUCGGGUCUUUGGCGGUCGCGUUCAUCGCCAACAUGGCCGCGACGGGCAUCGCGCCCGGCGCGAUCGCCGUCGCGAGCGGCAAGGUCGCCCAGACCUUCGGCGCCGCCUUCGCCAAGGGCAUCCUCUGCAACUGGCUCGUCUGCAUGGCCGUCUGGAUGUCGACGGCGCACAAGGACCUCGCGUCCAAGGCCGCGGCCGUCUUCUUCCCCAUCUCCGGCUUCAUCGCCUGCGGCUUCGAGCACUCCGUCGCCAACAUGUUCCUCCUGCCCUUCGGCAUCCUCCAGGGCGCCGACAUCACCGUGGGCCAGGCCGUCGUCAAGAACCUCAUCCCCGUGACGCUCGGCAACCUCGUCGGCGGCGCGAUCUUCGUCGGGGCCUUCUACCACAACGCCUACGGCAAGUAGGCGCGCGGCCGCGCACUGCGGCGCCGCCGCCGCGGCCGCCGAAGGAGCCGCCGCGCGACGCCGCGCGCGACCAAGAAGAAGACACAAGAGCACGAAUCCACCCGGGACCCGCGGCGCUAAGCAGCCCCGCGCU